AUGGUUUCUGAAACACCUUCACUUGACUCUAUCUAUCUAUCUAUCUAUCUAUCUAUCUAUCUAUCUAUCUCUUCCUAUUUCCAUCUAUCUAUCUAUCUAUCUAUUUAUUUCUUCCUAUUCCCAUCUAUCUAUCUAUCUAUCUAUCUAUCUAUCUAUCUAUUUCUUCCUAUUCCCAUCUAUCUAUGUAUCUAUUUCUUCCUAUUCCGAUCUAUCUAUCUAUCUAUCUAUCUGAUCUAUCUAUCUAUCUAUUCCCGAUCUAUCUAUCUAUCUAUUUCUAUUCCUUUAUUUUUUUUUGGUAUUCUAUCUAUCUAUCUAUCUAUUUCUUCCUAUUCCGAUCUAUCUAUCUAUUUCUUCCUAUUCCGAUCUAUCUAUCUAUCUAUCUAUCUAUCUAUUAUCUUUAAUCGAUCUUAUCUAUCCUAUCUAAUAUUAUCUAUCUAUCUAUCUAUCUAUCUAUUCUUCCUAUUCCGAUCUAUCUAUCUAUCUAUCUAUUAUAUUCUAUCUAUUAUCUAUCUAUCUAUUUCUUCCUAUUCGAUUAUCUAUCUAUCUAUCUAUUUAUUCCUAUUCCGAUUAUCUAUCUAUCUAUCUAUCUAUUUUUCCUAA